AUGCGUGCAUCGCUGUUAUUUGCAACCUGUACUGUGACUUUACUUAAAGUCACACUUGGGAGCUAUAGCGGUGGGCGCAGAAACGACAGUUUUGUCUCAAAUGCUACGCUGGUGGCGCAGUGCUCGAUGCGUGGAGUAUGCGGACGACGUGGUGGCAUGCAUCAAACGUGUCCUUACAAUGGACGGCCACUUGGUGUAUCUGCCGAGCAACAUCGACAGACGCUGGCCUCGCUCUGCCCUCAUCUCUUUCAAGGUUCGCUCUCGCGUGAAUGUUUCAUAUCCUGGAAAUGUUGUUACUAA